AUGUUGGACAGUGUAUUUGACGAUGUGAAGCGCAUGAACAAACGCCAGUUCAUUUAUCAAGUACUUAGUUUUGGCAUGAUAGUAUCGUCCGCAUUAAUGAUAUGGAAAGGUCUAAUGGUCGUAACAGGGAGUGAGAGUCCAAUUGUGGUGGUUCUGUCAGGUAGUAUGGAGCCAGCAUUUCAUAGGGGAGACCUCCUGUUCCUUACCAAUUAUCCAGAAGAGCCCGUACGCGUUGGUGAAAUCGUUGUAUUCAAGGUUGAAGGGCGGGAUAUUCCUAUAGUUCACAGAGUGCUAAAAUUGCACGAGAAAAAUAAUGGUACAGUAAAGUUUCUGACUAAAGGUGAUAACAACAGUGUAGAUGACAGAGGGUUAUAUGCACAAGGCCAACUUUGGCUAACAAAGAAAGAUGUGGUAGGAAGAGCUAGAGGUUUUCUACCGUAUGUGGGAAUGGUAACAAUAUAUAUGAAUGAAUAUCCUAAAUUUAAGUUCGCUGUGUUAGCCUGUUUAGCAGUGUAUGUUCUUGUUCACCGAGAGUGA